GAUAGUGAGACAGAUUGUAUUAUAUUCUUUAGCAGAACUAAUCACUAUGAGUUCCUUCAUAGUGAAUGCACACUCUUUGACAUCAAAUUCUUCUCAGUUUCUUCUCGAUGUCCGUUUAAUCCAACAAAAAAACAACCUAAUUUCCCCUUCCAUUAUAUUUCAAUCGCAGAAGAAAAGUUUAUGCCUGAGGAAGAUUGUGAGGACCCCUGAGGCAGCUCUUGUUGAGGCACAGUCAAUAAAAGUUGUGGAAGAAAAACCUUUGAUGUUGAACAUGAAAGCAACAGUGACUGUGAGGAACAGUAGGAAGGUUGGUAUAAUGGACAUGAUACUCAGUCGGUUCGAUGGUUUCAUUUACCCUGCAGCAGCAGAAAAAGGUGUUGUUCUACAGCUUAUGAGCACUGAACUAGAUCCAAAGACAAUGGAGCCAAAGCUGAGCAAAGAAGCUGUAUUAGACUUGUCGAAGAGCCUAAAAGUUGGAACGAAGCAGAACACUUACCAGGUUGAAUUUAAGGUUGAGUCUGAUUUUGGGGUGCCAGGAGCCAUCACAGUGUAUAACAAAUAUCCAAAGGAGUUCUUCUUGGUGAGCAUCUCCUUUGAAAGGUUUGUUCAUUUUGCCUGCAACUCUUGGGUUCAACCGGCAAAUGUUCAUUCCAACAAAAGGAUCUUCUUCACUAACAAGGCAUAUUUACCUUGUACAACACCAUUGGGACUGAACAAGGUAAGAGCUAAGGAAUUACAGGAAUUGAGGGGUGAUGGAAAGGGACUCAGGUUGCCGUCAGACAGAAUAUAUGACUAUGAUAUGUAUAAUGAUCUAGGAAAUCCAGAUAAAGGAACUGAAUAUUCAAGACCAACACUUGGAGGUCCCGAGAACCCGCAUCCCAGACGUUGCCGGACAGGACGUCCAUCCUCAAAAACUGACAUGAAUGCAGAAAGCCCAGUGGAGGGAUUCAAGUCCAUAUAUGUGCCAAGAGAUGAAGCAUUGGAGGAUCCUAAGCAGGAAGCACUCUUAGCAGGAAAGUUAAAAGGAACACUUCGUAAUAUAGUUCCUUCUUUAAUAGCAUACAUCCAUACUGAAAAUGAUGUUUUUAAGGAGUUUUCUGAGAUUAACAGUCUAUACAAAAGCCAACCAGUUCUUAGAAAGAAGUCCCAGGAUAAAUUUCUGAAUAAACUUGUGUUGACAAAGGUUCUCGGUAAUAUUCAAGAGUUCUUAGAAGAAAUUGUCAAGUUUAAUCCUCCAAAGAGCUUCACCAGGGACACAUCCUGGUUACGGGACGAUGAAUUCGGUCGACAAGCUGUGGCAGGAAUAAACCCUUUGAACAUAGAGAAGCUGAAGGUGUUUCCACCAGUAAGCAAACUUGAUCCCUCAGUCUAUGGUCCACAAGAAUCAGCACUGAGAGAAGAACAUAUUAUUGGUCAUCUCUGUGGAAUGUCCAUACAACAGGCAUUAGAUGAGAACAAGCUGUUCAUAUUGGAUUACCACGAUAUAUAUCUUCCAUUUCUCAACAGAAUAAAUGCUCUUGAUGAUCGGAAAGCUUAUGGAACCCGAACAAUCUUCUUUUUGACCCCAAACGGAACUUUAAAGCCUAUUGCAAUUGAGCUGAGUCUCCCGCAAAUAGAUUCAACUUCCCCAUCGAAGCAAGUUCUCACCCCUCCAAUUGAUGCCACCACCAAUUGGCUUUGGCAACUUGCCAAAGCCCAUGUUAGUUCCAAUGAUUCCGGGGUUCACCAACUUGUUAAUCACUGGUUAAGAACCCAUGCAUGCAUGGAACCAUUCAUAAUAGCUGCUCACCGCCAGUUGAGUGUGAUGCACCCUAUCUUCAAGCUUCUUGAUCCCCACAUGCGAUAUACAAUGGAGAUAAAUGCGAUGGCUCGUGAGACACUCAUUAAUGUGGGAGGGUCCAUUGAACACUUCUUUACCGCAGGCAAAUAUUGCAUGGAGAUUUCUUGCGCUGCCUACCGAGAUUGCUGGCGCUUUGACCUCGAGGGCCUUCCAGCAGAUCUAAUAAGAAGAGGGGUGGCAACACCAGACCCAACACAACCUCAUGGACUAAGAUUAUUUAUUGAGGACUACCCUUAUGCAAAUGAUGGCCUCCUUAUCUGGUCUGCUAUAGAAAAUCUGGUUUCUGAGUAUGUAAAUUACUACUACCCAAAGGCAAAUUUGAUCCACACUGACAUGGAGCUGCAGGCCUGGUACAAUGAGUCCAUUAAUGUGGGCCAUGCAGAUGUUCGAGAUGCUACUUGGUGGCCCACGCUGUCUACUCCACAUGAUCUAACCAAAAUUCUCACCACCAUCAUAUGGCUUGCAUCUGCACAACAUGCUGCACUCAACUUUGGGCAGUAUCCCUAUGGCGGUUAUGUCCCAAACCGCUCACCACUAAUGAGACGACUAGUGCCGCAACAAGAAGAUCCUGACUGGGAAAAUUUUGUUGCUGACCCACAAGGGUAUUUCUUAACAUCGUUGCCAAGUAUGUUCCAAGCAACACAAUUUAUGGCUCUGCUUGAAAUAAUAUCAACACAUUCACCAGAUGAGCAGUAUAUUGGAGAAAGACAAGACUCUUCAACUUGGUCAGAUGAUCCUCAAAUUAUAGAGGCAUUCUAUAGAUUUUCAAUGGAGAUCAAAAAGAUUGAAAAGAACAUCGAAAAGAGAAAUUCAGACCCAAGCCUCACAAAUAGAUGUGGUGCUGGAAUUUCACCAUAUGAGCUGCUCAUGCCAAGCUCAGGACCUGGGGUUACUUGUAAAGGGGUGCCUAAUAGUAUAACUGUGUGAGUAGCAUAAAUGAAGCAUUAUCUUAUCUUCAGAAGUCACAACUAUUUCAUACAAUUCGUUAGCAUGGAUAUUGCAAAUUCAA